GUGGUAACGCGAAAAUUAAAUUGCACUGAUUUUUGCUAAUUAAUUUCUAUUGAAAUUAAAAUAAUUAAAAACUAUCAAAAUUUCUAGUUAAUUUAACUAAAAGUAUUAAAUAGCAAGUAUAUAUAAAAUUUCGAAAUUAUAAAACAAUAAAAAAAAUUAAAAUAUAAAGGCGUAACAUGUCUGAAACACCAAGUACUCCUGAGAAGCUUACUCCUGGUAAGCCACCAGUAUAUCGUCGUAGCAGUAGCGGUAGUCCAUGCCAAAACUUGCAGCUUCCAAGUCCAAUUAUAACCAAACGCACAAGAACUGCAUCAACAUCUGCCCGUGCUAUGGAGAAUCCCGUUGUCAGUGGUAUUGUCAAAACUUUCAGCCAAUCUAAGGGUCAUGGUUUUAUAACUCCUAAAGCGGGUGGGGACGAAGUAUUUUGUCACAUAUCAGACAUUGAAGGUGAAUAUGUCCCUAUGGCGGGUGAUGAAGUCACUUAUCGCUUGUGUGCUAUACCACCCAAAAUGGAAAAAUUCCAAGCUGUGCACGUUAAAAUUGUUAAUUUAACACCCGAGGUCCAUCACAAAUGGGAAGAAUAAAUUAAGCAACGUAUGUAUGUAAAUGUUUGAUACAAAUCAAAACAACAAAGUUCUUGUGUUUUCUUUAAGAAUUCAAAAAACUUAUUACGAAAAUAAUGCCUGCCGUUAAAAAUUCUAACGUUUAAUUAACCAACAACAACAAUAAUGCCUCGUUUUAUUCGCCAGUUGUAAAAUAUAUAAAAUUUUAAGAACAAUAAAAUUAAAGUUUUUCUUUUUAGCAUCUUUGUUAUUAUAACUAUA